AUGGCGGGUGGAGAGAUGAAGAAACGAAAGAAGGUGGAUAGCGAGGGGAGUUCUUGCAACGUGAAACUCUUUGUGGACAAACAUGCUAAGAAGAGAUUUGAAUUUCAGCAGAAUGAUAGUUUUAUGUACCCUAUGAAUGCAAUAGAUAUAAGUACACUAAAUAAAAUUGUGGGAGUUAUUUCAGGUGCGAAAUGGGGUAAGUGUGUGAAGCAGACAUCAACAGUGUCUCAGGUUGUGGGUGAUCAAGUUGGUUAUGCCGUUGGUACUAGUGUGGUUAGACAAACACUUCAGACUAUAGUUGAAAAGUUAGAGGCUCAAUUUGAAAAGUUUAAGGAUGAAACGAUGAGAUCUUUCCAGCGCCAAGAGACAAAGUUAGAUUGUUUUUAUAAGGACUUUAAAGAGUAG